CAAUAUUGCUUAUAUAGUAGCAUGAAAUGCUGACUGAUAUACAUUAAAAAAAAAGGCUGGACUCUACUUAUUUGUCAUUUCUUCAAUAUUAGUUGUUGCUGAAGCUGGCCAUGGCAACAAAAGGUGUAAAGCUUCUAGGUGUAUGGGCGAGCGGCUACGUGAAUCGGGUUGAGAUGGCCCUUAAAACAAAGUCUAUUAAGUAUGAGUUUAUACAAGAUAAUUUGUUAUACAAAAGUGAGCUGCUCCUCAAAGCCAACCCUGUUUACAAGAAAGUCCCAAUCCUGUUCCACGAUGAAAAACCUAUCUGUGAGUCCCUUGUCAUCCUUCAGUACAUCGAUGAAGCUUGGUCAAAUGGUCCCUGCAUUCUUCCUUCUGAUCCCUAUGAUCGUGCCAUAGCACGGUUUUGGGCAAGCUAUGUAGAUCAAAAGUGGUUUCCGCUGGUUCUGGAUCUUUUGAACACGGAAGGGAAGACAGCAAAGGCAGCUUUGCUGGAGAAAAUGUCUGAAGCGAGUGUGCUGCUGGAGGAAGCUUUUAUCAAGAUCAGCAAAGGUAAAUCUUUCUUUGGUGGAGAUAGAAUUGGUCACCUUGAUAUUGUUCUUGGUAGUACACUUGGAUGGGUGAAGGCGAACGAGAUAAUGAAUGAAAUGAAGAUACUAGAUGAAAGAAAGAUGCCUAGUCUAGCAGAAUGGGAUGAGAGAUUUUGCUCAGACAAAGUCUUAAAGGAUAUCAUUCAACAGCCUGAGAAACUUGUAGAAAUUUUUCGCGAGUUUCGCGAGAUAAAGAAAGCUGCCUCAAAUUAAUAAUGUUGCUGAUUUCUUUAUCUGUGCUUGUUAAGGAAAAUCUCUUCCUAGAUCUUGUUUAAACGGAUGAAAAUAAAAGAAGUUUGUUGUUACUAA